UCAUGGAGCCUCUUCUAAAUCCCAGAAAAUCCCAUGUUAAAAUUGGAUCAGCCAUUUUUAUGCUUGGAUUAGUGUUAAUUUUGACUGAAACCAGCACAGCAUACGGGGCCCGGGACUUCAACAAGGUGGGCCAUACCCCCUGUGGGGCAAAAUGUGGGCGAAAACACAGCGCCGUGUUGACUGAUUUUGGUGGCGUUGGUGAUGGAAAAACAUCAAACACAAAGGCCUUUAAAGCUGCCAUUGAUCAUCUCAGCCAAUUCGCAUCGGACGGCGGAGCAGAGCUAAUUGUGCCACCCGGUAAAUGGUUAACCGGCAGUUUCAAUCUUACCAGCCACUUCACCCUUUUCCUCCAUAAGGAUGCCGUUAUUCUUGGGUCCCAGGAUGAGUCAGAGUGGCCAUUGGUUGCUCUACUCCCUUCUUAUGGAAAAGGUAGAGAUGCCCCUAACGCAAGGUUCAGCAGUCUCAUAUACGGAACAAAUCUCACCGAUGUCGUAAUUACUGGUAAUAACGGGACAAUAGAUGGACAAGGAGCUCCUUGGUGGACCAAGUUCCGAGCCGGUCAAUUGAACGCCACCAGACCCUACAUGAUCGAGAUCUUGCACUCUGAUCAGAUCCAGAUUUUCAAUCUCACUUUGAUCAAUUCUCCUUCAUGGUUUGUCCACCCCAUAUACAGCAGCAACAUAAUUGUCAAAGGGCUGACAAUUGUUGCGCCAGUUACCUCUCCAAACACAGACGGGAUAGAUCCAGAUUCAUGCACAAACAUGCUAAUCGAGGACUGCUUCAUCGUCUCCGGCGACGACUGCGUAGCCGUAAAGAGCGGCUGGGGCCAGUACGGAAUCAAAUUAGGAAAGCCGACAAAGCAACUUGUCAUCAGGAGACUCACGUGCAUCUCCCCCGACAGCGCCACCAUCGCCCUUGGCAGCGAAAUGUCGGGCGGGAUCCAGGACGUCCGCAUCGAGGACAUCACCGCCCUCAGUACGCAGUCGGGCAUCAGGAUCAAGACGGGGCGCGGCCGUGGCGGCUACGUCAAGGACAUCUUCGCCAGGAGAAUGACUCUCAAGACCAUGAAGUACGCCUUCUGGAUGACGGGCAACUACGGGUCCCACCCCGACCCGGGGUUCGACCCGAAAGCCUUGCCGGUGAUCGACCGGAUAAACUACCGAGACGUGGUGGCAGAGAACGUGACGUACUCGGCCAGGCUUGACGGGAUUGCCGGCGACACGUUUAAGGGGAUUUGCAUAUCGAAUGCGACCAUUACGUUGACAGAGACGCCGAAGAAAUUGCAAUGGAAUUGCACUAACGUCGAGGGAGUUACGAGCAAUGUGACUCCCAAGGCCUGCGAUUUGCUGCCGGAGAAGCAAGGCAAGUUUGACUGUCCUUUCCCUAAGGCUAGGUUGCCCAUUGAGAGUGUUCCUUUGAAGGCUUGUUCUUUCAAUUAGUCUCUUCUGAGAGACAUAUAUUAUUUCUAUUCCAGCGAAUGAUGACGCUAUAGCUUCA